GCUGCUGCUGCUGCUGCUGCUGCAAGCUGCUGGUGUUGCCGUGACGAUGAUAUCCUCCCUCCUCCCACACACACACACACACACAGCAGAGAGGAGAGGAAGCAAACAAGAUGCUAUCAUGACGCGAUGGCUUGAGGCUGGAAAACACACACACGCACACACACUGAUCGCCUGCGUCUCAGGACAACAUGGACUCAUGGAGGCUGUCCUCAGUUUGAACCCUCUGUGAAUUAAAUGAACACAAAAUCAGACCUAAAGAGGAUUGACAUUUUUGUGUUUCAAGAGAAAUAUAUUGCUCUGGGAAGAGACAAUACAAGGAAGCAGAAGGACCUUUUAAAUGGAAAAUCAGUAGUGCUUUGGAUGCCUGGAACCUCUUUUAACCAACAGGAAUGUAAUGGAAUAAAGUACACUGAGUUUGACUGACUGCAGGCUCAAACAAAGGCCAUGUCUGAAAUGUAAGCCCCCCUUUCUUCUUGCUGCAGAGAGAUCAAGAAAUGACCGCUCUGACAAAAGUGUACAUUUGAUUUUUCAGCACUCUUUUUCUGGGUGCGGAAAAGUCCUGCAAGCAAGGCAAUUUGUGGAGGUUUAUUCCCUCAGAUUUGACUGCAGCCUUCAGAAAGGAGCGUGUCUGAAUGUCUAUCCCCUCCUCUUGGCUGCAGAGAAAAAUUACGUUGACAGCAAAAGCCGUGCCUCUCCCAAGAUCCAACAUGUGCCAAGAGUUUUCAUAAGGAGUUCAUUUGAAUGUUUUGCCCCUUCCUUUUGCAUGGACAAUGGAAUAAAGUGUGAAACAACGAGUUUACAAAAGCAAACAAUACAGACAGUAGGAAACCUUGUAUCUGAACAUCUAGCCCCUUCCCCUGGCUUCAGUGUGGAAUAAGGGGUGUGUUCGGAGGUUCACACCCACCAGGCUGCCUCUCGCUGAUGGAGGCCCACCAACACUCCCCAGAUAGCAGCAGUGAGGAGUGCACCGUCCUGGAGGCUCCGCCCGGCAAAAACGCCUGCCCGCAACAUGCAGGGAAGGUGGCAGAGCUGUACUGUUCAGCCUGUGAGUGUGCGCUUUGUGAGGACUGUGUGUCGGACCAUGAAGAGCACCCUAAGGUGCCCCUCAGCCAGGUCCUGGAGAAGCACCGCAGCAGCCUGCAGGAGAGGCUGGAGGCCGUCCAGAACAGGCUCCCUCAGAUUGCAGACGCCCUGUCCUUCGUUAAGGAGAUCCUCCAACAGCUGACCAAUCAGAGAGCUUCCAUUGAAGAAGACAUCCAGUCGAGCUUCGAGGACCUGCACAAGCAGCUGGAUGUGCGGAAGAGUGUCCUGCUGAUGGAGCUAGAGGUCACAUAUGGACUCAAACAGAAGGUCCUCCAGGCCCAGGUGGACAGCCUGAUCCGAGGAGAGGGAAACAUCAUGGCAUCCUGUACUCAGACUGAGGAGGCUCUGGCUGGGGAGGCAUGCGUGGCUAGCCUGCAGUUGGAGCGAGAGCUGCAGGAGAAGCUUGUGGAGCUAGCUGGCCUCGGCAUGCCGUGCCAGCCUGAGGAGAACGAUCAGCUGGAUCUGGUGAUGGAGACAGACGGGCUAAGGAAGUCCAUACACAACCUGGGGACCAUCGUCACGACCAGUGCGGUUGCAAGCCAGAGCGAAGCCAUGGGCGUGGGCCUGGAGCAGUGCGUUGUGGGACAUCCUGCCUCUGUCACCAUAGUGACAAGAGAUAAGUCAGGAGGAGCCUGCAAGAGUGGCAACGCAAUUCUUUCAGCUGAGGUAUUCACCCCAGAUGGCAGCAUAGUGGACGGUGAAAUAGUGGACCACAAGAAUGGGACAUAUGAGUUUGUGUACAUAGUGCCGAAGGAAGGCGACUUCUCAUUGGCUCUCCGUCUCUAUGACCAACACAUCAAAGGAAGCCCCUUCAAACUGACUGUCAGCAGGGUCCUAGAGGCAGAAGUAGAGGUUUCCCCCUCCACCACCACAGCAACCAACUCAGCAGCCUAUGCCACCCCGUCCACCGGCUCCUCUGAGGGGGCAAAGAGACGAGGGAAGUCCCCUGGCCAGAAGAAAAAGGGCUCCAAAAGGGCCAGCAGCGCCCUGGGCACCCCACGACGCAAAACCCAGAACCCUAUUGAGGAUGACCUCAUCUUCAGAAUCGGAACGAAGGGGAGGAAUAAAGGAGAGUUCACAAACCUUCAAGGAGUGGCUGCCUCUUCCAGCGGCAGGAUCCUGAUUGCUGACAGCAACAAUCAGUGUGUCCAGAUUUUCUCCAACGAGGGUGAAUUCAAGAGUCGUUUUGGGGUGCGGGGACGGUCUCCGGGACAACUGCAGCGUCCUACGGGCGUAGCCGUGCACCCCAGCGGUGACAUCAUCAUUGCCGACUACGACAACAAGUGGGUCAGCAUCUUCUCCUGUGAGGGCAAGUUCAAGGCGAAGCUUGGCUCUGGGAGGCUUAUGGGGCCAAAGGGAGUGUCCGUCGACCAAAACGGUCAUGUGAUCGUGGUUGACAACAAAGCUUGCACUGUCUUCAUCUUCCAGCUGACGGGCAAGCUCAUCACCAAGUUUGGUAGUCGCGGCACCGGUGACAAGCAAUUUGCAGGUCCGCACUUUGCAGCAGUGAACAAGAACAAUGAGAUUAUUGUGACUGACUUCCACAAUCACUCUGUCAAGGUUUUCACCCCAGAGGGAGAGCUUGUGUUGAAAUUUGGCUCUAACGGUGAGGGAAACGGCCAGUUCAAUGCUCCCACUGGUGUAGCUGUGGACAUUAAUGGGAACAUCAUCGUAGCUGAUUGGGGCAACAGCAGAAUACAGGUGUUUGACGGUAGCGGCUCCUUCCUAUCCUACAUCAACACGUCAGCGGACCCUCUAUACGGACCCCAAGGAAUGGCUCUGACCUCAGAUGGACAUGUGGUUGUGGCCGACUCUGGCAACCACUGCUUCAAAGUCUAUCGCUACCUACAAUGAUGGAGGCUUGUUUAGAGAAACGAAGCAUAGGAAGGAGAGAAGGAUGGAGGGAGCAGUUGUUGACGUGGAGGAAUAAGGUGCACGAUGUCAAAUUCUAGGAAUUAUUGCAUGAAACUCUGCUGCCUGUAACAAUGGAAGACGGGAUGGAUAGAAAAGAGGAAGCAGUAAAGAAUAAGCAUUAUCCAUCAUUUCAUCGUUAGACCACAAUAAAAAUAUGAUCUCGACAUCUUUGAUGAUUUUGGUGGAAAUAAGAUCACCAUAAAAUGAAAUAGUGGAUUGCAUAGGAUGGCGGGAUAAAAACUGGUCUUUGAACCUCAACAUCUUAAAGUCUAAAGAGGGACGAGGAUAACAGCAGAUAAGGAGGAACAGAUGAUGGAAGAAUUUGCUGCCUUCAUGAAAAUCUGAGCAAUAUCACAGAACAGGAUGCAGGAGUGAUGCGAGGCUGGACUAAAAACAGUUAUGCAACGACUGGCUAAUGAUGUCAAGUUCAUCAAAUCCCUCUUUCUCCCAGGUUGGCAUUAAAAUGAAGAAGUGGAUGAAAAAAGGCUUUAAACAGAAAGGAAGAACAAAUAAAUGUUGCAAGAAGGAAAGGAAAGGAAAAAGUUUUUGGUAAACCACUGCUUCCUAAACCCAUCAUGGAAUGAAGGAUGGAUAAAGGGAUCAAAGAAGUAUGAAAGGCAUGAAUGAAUAAAUAAAAGCGUGUGUUUUGGAGGGAAUGUAUUGGAAGUUUAAACAUUUUCAAUAUUCUGCCUUUUCAUGUUGUAUUUAAUAGACAAAAUCAUGGCUAGUGAGCUAAAAGUGGUCAAUGUCUUGAUUUCAGAUCAUUUGUUUCUCCAGGUCAUUACCACAGAUUUCCCCUAUGACAUUUGGAAGUUAACACUGACUCUUAGAGCUCGACAGGGUGCCCUCGAGCAAAUAACUUUGGUUGUACUGGGAAACUCCCAGCAGCAAAUGUGCAAGUAAAUAUGGAGCAAGGAAUUACCUAAAAAGGGUGCCCUUGCCCCGCCAAAUUUUGAUUGACUAUAUCUUUGAAUGGAGAUGUGUUGAAAACACUCACAUUGAUGGUCAUGAAAAUAACAUUAUUAGACUAUGACAGGGGCCACUUUUAGCCUGUUGUCCAUUGCUUGUACAUUAGGAUUGUCUGAAUAUGGAAUGUUUGUUUUGUUUCUUGCCAUAUGCUAGUAUUCUUUACAAGUCUUAAGCGAUAGAUCAUCAUUAUAAGUGAUUGCUUGCCUCUGAUUCUGAUUGUCUGAAUGAUUGAUUCAUUUGUCUGAUUGACAGAGUAGCUCUGAUGGGCAACUUUGUCUAUCCGUGCUUGUGUUAAUUUAUUUUUCCUGAGAAAUCUGUUUCAAUGACAAAAAAAAGAAGUCUAUAAAUCUAUCCUAUAUAUUUGUGAGAAUACCUUUAAUAAUACCAUGUAAAAUUGUUCAAUUCAAUUAACAAGUUUGGAAUCAGUAACAUUUUUACACACUCGUUUCCGCUCGCUGUCUCUGUAGCGAAAAACAAGACGCCUGGGGAGGAAUUGUGAGUGUUCAGAUUUAUUCUGUCAGUGCCAAAUCUGUACCACCAGCAAGAUCCGUUUUGCACAUGCGCAAAAGGUGGUCCUGUCUGCCAAAGAAGGUUACUACAAAUGUGCCUGUUCAUAAUUAUCCGUGUGUUGCUGUCUGUUCUCAUCUCACGGCGUCAAAUACUGACGCUUUCAGAAAGGCUAAGCAAGCGUUAUGUCAUGCAAAAGGUACCCUUCAGCGUCCGUAUACGUCUGAAUGAGACACCCUGUCUAGACCAGAAGCGUUAGUAGCUUCCCAAAGCACCUCACCCUAACCCUAAACAUCACAGGGGUGCCUAAACCUAAGUCAGCGAUUGUCUGCAUAUCGACCGGCUAACCCUUCAGCUAGCAGCUAGGGUUAGCCUCCUUUGUGUUGAUACAUUGUCAGGCAGAUUUGUGAUAACCUUCUUUGACUGACAGAACCACUUUUGCACAUGUGCAGAAUGGAUCUUGCUGGCGCUACGGAUUUGGCACAUCCUUCAACAUUGCCAUGGAUUCUAGUUGGUUUAAUGGUUUAAGAGUUCUGAGAAGUGCUGUCGCUGGCCUGUACGAUUCCACAUGUUCUGUCGUCACCCUUAAAACAAUGCCUCAGUGUUUCAGAAGCAUGCAUGUGUAUUAUGUGAUUGGUGACAUCAAACCAAGACGGAUCUGAACCGCAAGCUCCCAUUUUACAUCCCACCAACGUUUCACCCACACCUAAGGUGAUUUACAGUAAUGUUAAGUACAGUACUCGGGACAAAUGUGACACUGCAAAGCAUUUACAAAUUACUUUUGCAUAAGUGCUAUAUGAUAGUAAUAAUAGUAAUACAAAGCAUUUACAUCAAUUAUUAAAUAGCAUUUAAGUUACUCACAUCAGCAUUCAACUUAACAGUUUUGACCUUUAUUGUUAAUAUACAGAAAACAUCUUUGUCGACUGACAGAUGCUUGUGGUAGAUAAAGUGGUGUCCUUUCAAUUAUUUACAUGAUGUCUAUCAGUCUAUUGAAACAGGAAGAAACAACAAUAAUCAAUAAUAACGACAUACUAUGAUCACAUCUGAUGAAAUGUUUUUAGCAAAUUUUAUGUAAGUUAUUACUUCUAUUUAUUUAUUUAUUUAUUUAUUUAUUUUAAUCUUUCUAUCUUGCCAUUUGAUUGUGUUCCACAGUGUGCAUUGAAAUUCUUAAGUGCCCAUUAUAUUUCUUCUUUUUGUACCUUUUAUCUGUUAUGUUGAAUCAAAAUAUGAUUGUUGGGAUUUGAUACAUAUUAUAUUGACUGUUGGGAGUGGAAAAAUCAGCAUUUAAGGUUAUUAUUAAAUAUUUAUUGACAAAUGACAGUAAGCAUGAUGUGGAGGAAAAAUAAUCCAGUUAACCAGUUAGCAAAAACAGCUUGUUAACAUUGCAUUUCUGAUUGAAACCAAUGGCCACUAUUAGCACAAAGCUAAUAAAAGUUAUCUGUAGGUAAGAAUACAGUACAGUACAAUGACCAAGCUUAAAAACCACUACAUGCAAAAUGGUGCAACUAGUUAUAAGACAACUCAAUUGUAGCCAAUGAUAUAUAUCUGAAUAUUGUUUCUUUGAUUGUGCUGAUUGUCAUUCUGGUAAAAGUACAUUCUCUGACUUUGUUUAAGCGCCCAAAUUGCUGCUAAAUAUCCAAUUCUUCUCAGCAAUAGUGAGCUGGGAGAAGGAUAUUGGAUAUUGAUAGCACUAUUGAUUGUUUCAAGAAAAUCAGGUUGUUUCCUUCUUAAAGUAAUGUGGGCCUUGUUUGAUGGAGCUUCAGCCUUAAAGUUAGUUUUGCACAUGAAUGUUGUUUUAAAGUUGGUAAGGGAUUGCCUUCUCAAUGAUCUUGAUUUAAAAUGUACUGCAAACAUAAGUAAGACUAAGCUAAUAACCACUUCAAAAAAAUAACUCAUUUGUAGACAACACAUCAAUUUGAGGGAACUUUUGUUCUGAAAAUGUCCCAAUUCAAAAUAAAUCUCAAAAUGUCUUAACACAACAGAAACAUUUUAAACAUUUGUCAUUACAAAUAAUUACACGUGUGGCUUGGGUGUGUAUCACUGUCUCUUUGCAUCAGUUUUAUUUUAUCCUCAAACGGAUAUGUAGUUGUUUGGAGCACAGCUCUUAAAAUACAGAUCCAUUUCUUACAGUGUCACUUGCUUGCUCUUUCUCUCUCUG